AUGUCGUCUGUAGAAGCUACCACAAACCCUUUUGUUGGUGCCAAUUUCGACACUAAGAGUCAAUACCGUACUCCAGUCGAUCUGAUUAAUGAUACCAUCGCUCAAAAUGUCUCAGCUAUAUUUGGUUACAAGACUUAUUCUCAAGCAGAUCUAUUGUACUCAAACUUACCAUCAUCUUCUCAGUUCUUUCAAGAAUCUGAUAUUAGAGCUGGUGCAGGUCUAGCACCAUUAGGUUAUGCCGCUGCUCGUCAAGAGUCUGUUGCUAACAAACCAAUUGCGAUUGUGACUCCAGGUUAUGGUCUACCAUAUUUUGCUUCAUCUUUAGCCAAUUCAAGUGCUAGCUUCUUAUUUAACGUUGCCGCACUAGCUUACCAAGAUAAAGAAGGUACCCUUGGUAUCGACUACGUUACUCCAUUAUCUGUCGCUAAACAAUUAGGUUACAACGUAGUUACACCCAUCUCUACCAAAGAAUUAGAACUGACUUCAUUAUUGUCAGUUUCUCUAGCUGCAGUCUCAAAUGUCAGAUCCACCAUUCAUCUUUUUGAUGGAUUGACUACUACUCGUACUUAUGCUUCUUUAAAGCCAGUCAUCGAGAACUCUGAAUCAAUUGUUGCAGGUCUAGUUAAAACUUUAGGUAAUGAACCAUCUUUCGAUGCAGUUCUAAAGGCUUUUAAUGAAGCUACUGGAAGUAACUUGGAUAAUUUCCAUUACUCUGGUCCAACUAACCCAGAAACUUUGUUUGUCACUUAUGGUAUUACCGAAUCCGAAUUAUUUGGCGCUGUGGGUCCAACUUUAGCAGUUAGAGUUCCAUUACCAUUUGAUACUGCCAAGUUUGUUAAUAGUAUUCCAAAAAGUGUCAAGAAGAUUGUAGUUGUUGGCCAAUCACUAAAUGACAACCAUGCUGCUCCAUCACCAUUAAGACUAGACGUUUCUUCUGCUUUGUUUUACCAUAAUCGUAGAGAAAUAUCUGUCCAAGAACAUAUCUACAAGCCAGAUUUUGUUUGGACUACUCGUGAAGUGACUAACCUAGUUACUGAAUUUGGUGUUACUGCACCAACCCAGUCAUAUGACGGAAAGCGUGCUUUGUUCUAUCUUCCUGAUGACUCUAAGGUCAGCACUAUCGCCGCAUUAUUAGCUAGAUCAUUAGCUGCUACUAAUGAUGACGUUACUUUCUCGACCAAAUACAACAAUUUGGUCCACAAUGGUGCUCUUGAAGCCGAUCUAUCAAUCGGAGCCACUGAAUCAGGUGCAGCAACAGCUGACUUUGUCUUAGUCCAAGAUAUUAACCUGUUGAAUCAUUUGGACAUUGUUAAUGCUGUAAAAUCAAAUGGGGUAAUAGUUUACUUAGCUACACGUGAAAUUGACAACUACCCAGAACAAUUUAUUGCUGAUUUAAUUUCUAAAGAAAUUAAACUUGUCACAAUCGAUCCAAAUGAAUAUGAGGAAGAUAUUGAUUCAUUGGUAGUCGUUAUUCAAGCUACUUUCUACGAGACAGCUCUACAAAUCCCAAGAGGGGAAAUACUUAAAAAGAUAAUCUCUAACUUAUCUCAAGAACAAAUCUAUGAUUUGAUCCAUGCCGAAGAGGGUUCUGAAGAAAAUAAGGUAACUAUUUAUGCUUCUGGUCAAUUACCAAAACCAGAAUUCUCAGAGGAAGUUCUUGAACAAUUACCAACUUUUUUCCAAGCCAAUGCCUUUGUUGCUAAUGAUAUUAAAGAACAACAAGAAGAAAUCAAUGAAGUACCAUCUGUGACUUCUACAAUUACCGAACUGACUAAGAGAUUAGCCUUUAAGGAAGCUUACCAUGUUGAAAAGAAAUUAAGACCCGACCUACCUUUGAUCAAGAACCAUAUUAUUAAGGUUAAAGAAAACAGACGUCUAACACCUGAUGAUUAUGACAGAAAUAUUUUCCAUAUUGAAUUUGAUAUCUCAGGUACUGAUCUUACCUAUGACAUUGGUGAAGCUCUAGGUAUUCAUGCCAGAAACAACGAAAAACUAGUACUGGAGUUCUUAGAAGGUUAUGGCUUAGAUCCUGAACAAAUUGUUCAAAUUCCAAAUAAGGACCAACCUCAAUAUAUCGAGUCUAGAACCGUUUUACAGGUCUUUGUCGAGAAUCUUGAUAUCUUCGGUAAACCACCUAAGAAGUUUUACGAAUCUCUGAUCCCAUUCGCGAAGGAUGAAGAUGAAAAGAGAUUCUUAGAAGAAUUGAUUAUUCCAGGUGGUGCAUUAGAGUUGAAAAAUUUCCAAGAAGUAGAAUUCUACUCGUAUGCGGACAUAUUCAACCGUUUCCAAUCUGUUAGACCAGAACUUGGUGACUUAAUUAGCAUCGUUGCUCCACUAAAGAGAAGAGAAUACUCUAUUGCUUCUUCUCAAAAGAUGCAUCCUAACGAAAUUCAUUUGUUGAUCGUUGUCGUUGAUUGGGUUGAUAGCCAAGGUAGAAAGAGAUUUGGUCAAGCCUCCAAAUAUAUUUCUGAUCUACAAAUAGGCCAAGAGUUGGUGGUCAGUGUUAAACCAUCUGUCAUGAAACUUCCAGCUGACCCUAAGGCCCCAGUUAUCAUGAGUGGUCUGGGUACUGGGUUGGCUCCAUUUAAGGCAAUUGUUGAAGAGAAGUUAUGGCAAAAGCAACAAGGUUAUGAAAUUGGUGACAUUUUCUUAUACUUAGGUUCUAGACAUUGUAGACAAGAAUACUUAUAUGGUGAAGUCUGGGAAGCUUAUAAGGACGCCGGUAUUAUUACCCAUAUCGGUGCAGCUUUCUCCAGAGAUCAAAAUAAUAAGAUUUACAUCCAAGACCGUAUUAGAGAAAACUUGGGUGAUCUGAAGACUGCUAUGAUUGAUCAAAAGGGUUCAUUCUUCUUAUGUGGUCCAACCUGGCCUGUUCCAGACAUUACUUCAGCUUUAGAAGAUAUAAUUGCUGCUGAUGCCAAAGAAAGAAAUGUUAAAGUUGAUCUAAAUGAAGCGAUCGAAGAGCUAAAGGAAACUUCCAGAUAUAUCUUAGAAGUCUAUUAG